CGGGCGGGCGGCGGGGCCCGGCGGCGCCGCGAGGCUCCUCCCCGCGCGGGCCAUGGCGGCGCGGCUGCUGCGCGGCUGCCGCUGGGCGCGGGCCGGGCCGAGCUGGGCGCCUCCGCUCGCCGCCGCCGCCGGCCUCGGGCUCUGGCCCUGCCGCGGCUCCGGCUCCGGCUCCGGCUCCGGCUCCGGCUCCGGCUCCGGCUCCGGCUCCGGCAGCGGCAGCGGGGCGGCGGGCGGCGCCGAGCUGGCCCCGCUGCUGGCCCUGGGCUUCAGCGAGGCGCAGGCGCUGCGGCUCCGGGCCGCGCCGCCGGGCCGCGACCCCCAGCGGCGGCUGCGGGCGGCGGCGCAGCUGCUGCUGCUGGGCCUCAGCGCCGAGGCGGCGCUGCGGGCGCUGGAGGGCUGCCCGGACCUGCUGCGGCUCACGGCGGGGCAGCUGGAGGCCCGCGCCGGCUACCUGCGGCGCCUGGGGCUCGGCCAAGGUCAGCUGCCGCGGGUGCUGGGCCGCUGCCCGCAGCUCUUCAGCCUGCGCAGGAAGCAGAUGGAGGCGGUGGUGCGGCUGCUGCGGGAGCGGUGCCUCUUCACGGCGGAGCAGCUGACGGAGGUGCUGCACACCUGCCCCGGCGUGCUGCUGCGGGAGCCGCACCACCUCCAGCUCCACUUCCAGUACGCGUACUUCAGGAUGGGAGUCCAGCAGAAGGCCAUGGUGAAGGCCCGCCUCUUCGGAACGCCCUUCGCUGAGCUCAGGAGCCGGCACGUCUUCUUGGAGCGCCUGGGGCUCUACCAGACCCCGCACAAAGGCCAGACCCAGAUCAGCAACCCCAAGCUGAAGGCGAUCCUUCACCUCCCAGAAGAAGACUUCCUGGCCAGCCUGGCCCGCUCCACGCCGGAGGAGUACGAGGUCUUCAAGAAACUGCUGGCUCGAGAGGAGGAGGAGGAAGAAGAGGAUGAUGAUGAUGAAGAGGAGGAAGAGGAUGAUGAUGAUGAAGAGGAGGAAGAGGAUGAGGAGGAAGACAGGGAUGCACUGUAUGCAGAGGGAGACAACAACUCGGACAGCAGAGGCACGAGGAGUUGAUGCUCCAGGUGGCCUCCCAGAGGUCUGCUGCACCGCGGUGCUCCCCAGUCACGCUGGCACUCGCGGGCGCGCUGGGCCUCCACCGAACGCGAGCCAGAGCCCCGGGGGCUGCACAGGGCUGGGGGGGCCCGGUCCCAUCCUGCUGCCCACGGGGGUCUGCGCCCAGCGCCCAGCAAUAAAUCUCAGGCCCUGUA